UUAAAAAAGCAUUAUGCUCUGCUUUAUCUUUAUGCUCCUUCUCUAUCAUCCUCUUCUCUCUAAACUUCUGUCUUCUCUCUUUCCCUUUUGGUUAUGAGCUCUCCUCACAAUCUCUCUUUAGCCUUUGGUUCCCUUCUUUCGUUUUUAUUGUGAUUCUCCCACCAUUUUUGUUCUUUUGAGUUUUAAAGAUCCAUCAAACUUUAUUAAAGAAAGCAGAACAAAGAGAUAAAAGGGAAGAAGAACGAUGGUUUUCUCAUCCGUCUCAAGCUUUUUAGAUCCACCAAUUAAUUGGCCACAGUCUGCGAAUUCGAAUAAUCAUCCUAAUCAUCCUCAUCAGCUCCAUCUACAAGAAACUGGAAAUUUAGUUGGUGGCCAUCAAGUACACUCUCACCAGUUCCCGCCACAAAACCCUAACCCUAACCACAACCAUGUUGACACCACAGCCGACACCACAGUUGAUCCCGCCGGUCUCAGCGGACCAGCGACUGAGAGAGCGAGGCUAGCUAAGAACUCUCAUCCGCCUGAGGGACCCCUAAACUGCCCUCGAUGUAACUCAGCCAACACCAAGUUCUGUUACUUCAACAACUACAACCUCACGCAGCCACGCCACUUCUGCAAGGCUUGCCGCCGUUACUGGACACAAGGCGGCGCUUUGAGGAACGUCCCUGUUGGAGGUGGCUGCCGGAGAAACAAGAAGGCUAAGCCCGGAAAUUCAAAGUCUUCCGCCUCCUCACAGAACAAGCAGUCAACGUCUAUGGUCAACGCUUCAAGUCCUACAACAAAUAGUAAUAUCCAGUUACGAACAAAUAGCCAACUACCGUUUUUGCCCACUCUACAGAACCUCACUCAACUCGGUGGUAUCGGUUUGAACUUAGCCGCUAUUAAUGGAAAUAGUGUUGGAAACGGUAACACUAGUUCAAGUUUCUUUAAUGAUUUAGGGUUUUUCCAUGGAGCUAAUACUUCGGGUCCGGUCAUGGCUAACAACAACAACAAUGAGAGUAACAUUAUGACUUCUCUUGGAUCAGCUAGCCACUUUGCUAUGUUAGAUCGAUCCAUGGGAUUAUAUUCUUUCCCUAAUGAGGGCAACAUGGUAUUAUCUUCUUCCACAGCUUCUAGGGUUUCUCAAACUGCUCCGGUGAAAAUGGAAGAAACCCAUGUGGGUAAUAUAAGCCGGCCGGAUUCGGGUUUGACAUCUGCGGGCAAUCAAUCCAACCAGUACUGGCCCGGUUUGACUCUCCCUGGUUCUUCUUCUAACGAUCAGCAGCAGCACCUAAUGUGAAUGUUUCCUAGCAGUUGGAUCAUUCAUGAACAUCGUCAAUUAUGGAGAAACUAAGAGGUAUAUUAGAAUGGUCUCUUAUACAAAUUAUGGUCGUUAUACAAUCAGGUGUGACAAAGAAGUAAUCGUAUUGUGUGAUUUGAACUUGUUAGAUGUGUGAGUGUCUGUCGAGUUUGUGCUUGUUUAAUUCGUAAUCUUCACUGAAAUGUUAUGAAAUACUGUAAUAACUAACAGAUCUGUAUCUCAUAUUUAUUUGUUUUAAUGUUGAACUAUAAUUUUUUGGCUA